AAAACCGGAUAACCAACCAACCAACCAUAUUUCUUCUCUUCUCCCCCAAAAUCCCAUCCGCAUAAUAUGAAACCAUUGUUAAACAACUUAACCAAAUGGUCCGCCAUUGCUAAACAAUCAUUCGAUCGAGCUGCCAUUGUCGCCAAGUUCCUAUGCCUCCUUCACGUCACCAACACCUACAUAUUCUCACCUACUCUCGUGUACGGGCCAAGUAUGUUGCCGACAUUGAAUCUGACAGGAGAUGUUCUGCUGUCGGAAUAUGUGUCGCAUAGGUUGGGGAAAGUGGGACCCGGUGAUGUUGUGUUGAUACAGUCCCCUGAAAACCCUAGGAAAAUGAUUACGAAACGUGUUGUGGCUAUGGAAGGUGAAACUGUUUCGUUUUUGGUUGAGCCUAGCCGUAGUGAUAGAUCCAGGACUGUUGUGGUGCCAAAGGGUCAUGUAUGGAUUCAAGGAGAUAACAUUUAUGCGUCUAAUGAUUCUCGGAACUUUGGUCCGAUUCCAUAUGGACUUAUUCAAGGCAAAGUAUGGUGUAGGGUGUGGCCGUUAGAUGGUUUUGGAUCGUUAUGACAUUAAAAUCAGCAGCAGCAGCAUGCCAUGGAAGUUCUUAAAGAGUUGAAAGGUAUUACUUCUGUCCGUCAUUUUUAGGAGCGCUGCUCAGGUAUUAUAUUUGCUCAACAGAUGGAAUGUAAGAACUCGAAUAAUCAACAUUACAAAACAAAGUUGCAUAUUUGAAUUAAAUUUUGUUGAUGAUGGUUAGAUCUUUCCGUA